GCACAGCAGUGACGACACACAAGGUUCCGGGGACUGAGCGGGUUUCAGGCUUUCAGGAUUUCUGCUGGCCACAGGUCCCGGGCAGGCGUCGGGACAGAGCCUGAUCCAGGCUUCGGCGGCCUGUGGCAGCUCUCGAUCAGCUCUCGGAGUCGGAGAGGCGGCUAAGGAAAGGUGCCACAGCAGAGACGCGCAGGAGAGGCCCUGGAACCUUUUCAAAGAAGAAUGGAAGAAACCAUGAAGCUUGCUACAAUGGAAGACACAGUGGAGUACUGCCUGUUCCUGAUACCAGAUGAAUCAAGGGACUCAGAUAAACACGAAGAGGUUCUUCAGAAGUAUAUUGAGAGAAUAAUGACCCGGUUUGCACCUAUGCUGGUCCCCUACAUCUGGCAGAAUCAGCCUUUCAAUCUCAAAUAUAAACCUGGGAAAGGAAGUGUUCCUGCUCAUAUGUUUGGCGUGACAAAGUUUGGGGAUAAUAUUGAGGAUGAAUGGUUUAUUGUUUAUGUAAUAAAGCAGAUCACAAAGGAAUUUCCAGAGUUAGUAGCAAGGAUUGAAGACAAUGAUGGUGAAUUCUUGUUAAUAGAAGCUGCUGACUUUCUCCCUAAAUGGUUGGAUCCUGAUAAUAGCACCAAUAGGGUAUUUUUCCACCAUGGAGAAUUGUGUAUUAUUCCUGCACCAAGAAAACCUGGAGCAGAAUCUUGGUUACCCACCACACCUCCAACAAUUCCACAAGCAUUGAAUAUAAUCGCAGCACAUCCAGAAAAAAUACUUGCUUCAGAAUCUAUACGAGCUGCUGUGAGUAGGCGCAUCAGAGGGUACCCAGAAAAAAUUCAGGUCUCCCUUCAUCGAGCACACUGCUUCCUUCCAGCUGGCAUUGUGGCAGUGCUAAAGCAGCGCCCCAGAUUGGUGUCUGCAGCAGUCCAGGCAUUUUACCUACGAGACCCUAUUGACCUGCGAGCCUGUCGUGUUUUCAAGACAUUCUUGCCUGAAACACGAAUAAUGACAUCGGUCACAUUCACUAAAUGUCUAUAUGCACAGUUGGUGCAACAAAGGUUUGUGCCAGACCGGCGGAGUGGAUACAGGCUGCCCCCUCCAUCUGAUCCCCAGUACCGAGCCCAUGAAUUGGGCAUGAAAUUGGCUCAUGGAUUUGAGAUCUUAUGCUCCAAAUGUAGCCCACGUUUUUCUGAUUGCAAGAAAUCCCUUGUGACUGCCUCACCACUCUGGGCCAGUUUCCUUGCAAGUCUGAAAAAGAAUGAUUACUUUAAGGGACUGAUAGAAGGUUCUGUUCAGUACCGGGAAAGGCUAGAAAUGGCAGAGAAUUACUUCCAGCUCUCAGUAAACCGGCCAGAAAGGUGAGCUGGAGUGCAGUGACGCGAUCUCGGCUCACUGCAAGCUCCGCCUCCCGGGUUUACGCCAUUCUCCUGCCUCAGCCUCCCGAGUAGCUGGGNUCAUAGUUCUCUUGCUAUGAGCCCUGGUGAAGAAAUCUUAACCUUAUUACAGACAAUACCAUUUGAUAUAGAAGACCUUAAGAAAGAGGCAGCUAAUCUUCCUCCAGAGGAUGAUGACCAGUGGUUAGAUCUCUCACCAGAUCAGCUGGACCAGCUGCUGCAGGAAGCUGCUGGCAAAAAAGAAUCAGAGUCUAUUUCCAAGGAGGAGAAGGAGCAGAACUAUGACUUAACUCAAGUCUCAGAGAGCAUGAAAGCUUUCAUAUCCAAAGUCUCAACCCACAAGGGAGCAGAGCUGCCUCGAGAACCUUCUGAAGCUCCAAUAACUUUUGAUGCAGAUUCUUUUCUUAAUUAUUUUGAUAAGAUUUUAGUUCCCUCCAUGAAUAAGGAACCUGUAUCCCAGACUACUGACAACAAUUCAGAUCAGGAAGAUUCUGAUACAGGAGAAUCUGUUAUGGCACCAGUAGAUGUGGACCUGAACCUGGUUUCAAAUAUAUUGGAAUCCUAUAGCUCCCAAGCUGGACUGGCAGGACCCGCUUCCAAUCUUUUACAAAGCAUGGGAGUGCAACUGCCUGACAACACCGAUCACAGACCAACAAGUAAGCCAACGAAAAAUUAACCAGCACAUUUAGCUUCUCUUUUCUCUUUUUAAAUAAAUAUUGAAUAUGAUUCUGUUCAUUUCUAGUUUAGAUUACUCAUUUAGUAAAAAUGUUUCUUCAUUACAAGUUUUACAGAUUGACUUCUCCUACAUGAGAAUUGUGGCCCUCUUGGCACAAGUCUUUGUGAUCUCAGCUGUGGGUUACACACAGGUUUUGAACUUGGCAGGGUAGAAUCUAACCCCUAGACAACUUUGAGAUGAAAUUCACACACUUUGUGCUAAGGACAUGGCCUACCACAAUAUACCCUUGGAGUAAUUCUAAAUAUUUAAAUUUCUCCCUUACUGCUAUUCAUCCUCAGAUCAAAAUUUCAAGCUGACAGAUUUGGAUUUGAUAACUCAUUCACUUUUUCUUUUCAAUUUUUUUAAUGUGGCAUAACAUGCAUAUGGUUAAGUGCACAAAUCUUGAGUGUACAGUCAGUGAAUUUUUACAUGUAUGUAUGUACCUGAAGCAAGAUAUAGAACUUAUUUACUUGUAAAUAACAGCUAUAUUGAGAUAUAAGUCACAUACCAAAAAAUUUACCCUUUAUACAAUUCAGGGGUUUUUAGUAUAUUUACAAAAUUGUGCAACCAUCACCACCAUCUAAUUCUAGAAUAUUAGAAACCCCAUACUCACUAAUAGUCUCUCAUUCCCUUCCACUCCCAGCCCCUAGAAACCACUAGUUUACUUUCUGUCUCUAUGGAUUUGCCUAUUUUGGACAUUUCAUACCUGAUACUGUACUUAAUUGUUUUAAUUAAUUAAUUGGUUUGAUAUUUAAUAUAGCUGAUAUAUCUAUUGCUAAGAUGAAAUGUUUCUUAAAAUGAUUCUCAUAUUCCUCCUAAAAUAAAUCAUUAUCUAUAUAUCAUAAAAUUCACCAUUAAAAGCAAAAAAAAAAGUCUUCU